AUGGCCGACGUGGAGGGCGCGAAGGCGACGAGCAUCGUCUUCCGCAUCGCCGCAUUCAGUCUGUCGGUGGCGGCCGCCGUCGUGAUGGCCACCGCGAGCCAGAACGUCGUCGUCGACGGCGGCCACGGACCAUCCAUCUACGUCGUCUCGUACAACCACUACAGCGCUCUCGCGUACUUCGUGGCGGCCGGCGCGAUCUCGGCCGUCUGCUCGGCGGUGGCGCUCUACCUGUCCGCUGUGCACACCGAGCCCGCCGGCUCCGGCGCGCUGGUGCCCCUCCUCGACGCCGUCGCGCAGGGCCUCCUCUUCUCGGCGGCCGGCGCGGCGUGGUCGGCGACGCGGCUGGCCCGUGGGGAAGCGGAGGAGGAAGCAGCGUGUGCGACGCGACUAGGAUUGUAG